AUGUCACAGAUAGAGGAUUCCAACCCAUACGCGGCUGCCGCAAAGCGCCAGAGCAGGAUACAGAACAGACAGUCGGUGAUGAUGACCAUUGGCGACCAGGAAAUGCUGCCAGAUGUGCCAAUUCAGUCAUUCAAGCUACGGGAAUAUGACAACAUUCCCAACUACAAGAAUGACCUGAAGGUUGUUGUUGUUGGAGACGGUGGAUGUGGAAAGACAUCGUUGCUGGUGUCCUACUGUAUGAACCGUUUCCCCACGGAGUACGAGCCCACGAUUUUUGAAAACUAUCGCGCUUACUUUGAGGGUCCCGGUGAUGAUAUCACACAGGUGUUUUUCUGGGAUACCGCAGGACAGGAAGAGUAUUCGCGACUGAGGCCGCUGUCGUACCAGGGAGCUGAUCUGAUGGUCAUCUGUUUCAGCGUCAACAGCAAGGUUACACUAUCAAACGUGGUUCACACCUGGUAUCCUGAGAUUAAGAAUUAUUGCGAAAAUGUUCCAAUAGUAUUGGUGGGCUUGAAGAGCGACCUCUACGAACAGAUCACGGAUCCUGCUACGUUUGUCGAGAGAGGUGCUGCGAUCGAGGUCGCCAAAGAGAUCGGCGCGCUGGCUUACGCCGAAUGUUCGGCCAGAACCAUGCACAAUGUCCACAAUGUUUUCGACAUCGCGCUGAGUAUUGCAGUUGCAGAGAAGAAAACGCCCGUCGCGGAGCAGGGUCGGGUCAAAGUGCACGUUGCUGCAGCCGAAGCCAGGUGUUGUAUUAUUAUGUGA